AUGCACCACCGGUCUCCAUCGUCUGCAAUCUUCACAAACUCGGAUUUUCGAUUUCAUCACUUCCCAUCACCAAGUGUUUUUCAACAAAAUCCUGUGUGCCCAAACAAUCAAUCAACACAGAAGAACCUGAAACUCCGCCCUGAAUACCACACAAUUUCUUCUGAACUAAAAGCUCUAACAAAAAUGGUUCAAGAAAAUCUAAGGGGGUCCACUGAUACAAAACAAGUUUCAAAUGCUGCUUAUCGUAAAAGUUCUUUAUUAGAAAGGGGAAAGUUGUAUGAAGAGUAUUCUGCAAGAAGAAACAAAAGGCUAAAAAGAAAAAGAGGUGAAUCUGAGGUUGAGAAAAUACCCCGUGUAAACAAUAUUUUGGGGUUAGGAAUGAGUCGGCAAAAAAAACAGAAGUCAAGAAAUUUGAGAGUGGAAGGAAGAUGA